AUGAUUACACGGAAAAAGUUGGUUGUUGUAGGUGAUGGUGGAUGUGGCAAGACAAGUUUACUUGUCGUAUACCAAAAGAAAGAAUUCCCCAAAGAAUAUGUUCCAACUGUCUUUGAAAAUUAUAUAGCCAAUGUCGCCUUGGAUUCAGGCAAAAUGGUAGAGUUAGCCUUAUGGGAUACAGCAGGACAAGAGGAUUUUGACCGUUUAAGGCCAUUAUCCUACCCCGAGACAGACGUUAUUCUUAUAUGCUUUGCCAUCAACUUGCGCAAUUCUUUUAAAAAUGUUCAGGACAGAUGGUUACCUGAAGUCACUCAUUUUUGUGAAAGUGUACCAAAGCUGCUGGUUGGAACCAAAGUUGAUUUUAGAGAAAACAAACAAGAAAUUCAAAGACUAAGUUCGUUCGGACAGACAUUGAUCACAACAGAAGAGGGAAGACAGAUGGCAAAGGAAAUUGGCGCAGAUUAUUACGAAUGCAGUGCCAUGAAGAAUAUCAAUGUCGAUUUAGUGAUCGAAGCUGCUACAAAGGCAGCUGUUACUGGAAGCAUCAAAAAGCUCCAUAGAAAGUUUUGUAAGAUCUUAUAA